CCGGCCCUGAGCGCCGCCGGCGGCGGGCGCGCACCAUGAACUCGUGGGACGCGGGCCUGGCGGGGCUGCUGGUGGGCACGAUGGGCGUCUCGCUGCUGUCCAACGCGCUGGUGCUGCUCUGCCUCCUGCACAGCGCCGACAUCCGCCGCCAGGCGCCGGCGCUCUUCACCCUGAACCUCACGUGCGGCAACCUGCUGUGCACCGUGGUCAACAUGCCGCUCACGCUGGCCGGCGUCGUGGCCCAGCGGCAGCCGGCCAGCGACCGCCUCGCCGCCUCGGCCGCCCUUCCUCCGACACCUUCCCUGGCCACCAACUCCAUGCUCAGCAUGGCCGCGCUCAGCAUCGACCGCUGGGUGGCCGUGGUCUUCCCGCUGAGCUACCGCGCCAAGAUGCGCCUCCGCGACGCCGCGCUCAUGGUGGCCUACACGUGGCUGCACGCGCUCACCUUCCCCGCCGCCGCGCUCGCCCUGUCCUGGCUGGGCUUCCACCAGCUCUAUGCGUCGUGCACGCUGUGCAGCCGGCGGCCGGACGAGCGCCUGCGUUUCGCGGUCUUCACCGGCGCCUUCCACGCGCUCAGCUUCCUGCUCUCCUUCGUCGUGCUCUGCUGCACAUACUUCAAGGUGCUCAAAGUGGCCCGCUUCCACUGCAAGCGCAUCGACGUGAUCACCAUGCAGACGCUCGUGCUCCUCGUGGACAUCCACCCCAGUGUGCGGGAGCGCUGUCUGGAGGAGCAGAAGAGGAGGCGGCAGCGCGCCACCAAGAAGAUCAGCACAUUCGUGGGCACCUUCCUCGUGUGCUUUGCCCCCUACGUGAUCACCAGGCUGCUGGAGCUGUCCUCCGCGGUGCCCAUCAGCUCCCACUGGGGGGUGCUGUCCAAGUGCUUGGCCUACAGCAAGGCCGCGUCCGACCCCUUCGUGUACUCCUUGCUGCGACACCAGUACCGCCAGAGCUGCAAAGAGAUUCUGAACAGGGUCCUCCACAGGCGUUCCCUCCGCUCCUCCGGCCUCUCGGGCGACUCCCACAGCCAGAACAUCCUGCCGGUCUCCGAGUGAAGGCCGCUGCUCCUGCUGGAGGGCUCCGAAGGAGGCGGCUGGUGAGAAGGGGAGGGAGGGCUUGGGGUGCCUGGGCGGGGACCACCGGCCGCCACUCACCUGGCAAGCCCAGGGAUUCCGGUUCCCUGGCUUGGAGGGGCUCUGAAGCCUGCUUCCUGCUUCCUCAAGGGCAGGAGUUGGACUGUCCCUAUUUAUCACCAAAGGAUGACCGACGGACAUGCUGUGUUCUGGCCUUUCUUUCUGAGAAGCUCCUUCAAGUUCAUAGACUCACCAGAGGCUCCCCAGGCGCCACACCCAGUCCUGUCACGAUCAAGGACACACAGCACUGGUGGCAGGUGGGGAAGCAUGGUGUCCACUUGCUUACUAACCCCUAGACGCUGGGCUCCAUGCUGAAGGAAAGUGGUCACCUCCAUGGGACAUGAGUCACGCUGAGAAUGAGGCUGGCAGUGGCCACCUGGCCCCCAUCGAGCACGGCCACUCUUCACACGUAGUGGUGGCUGCUUUAACCCUAAUAUUACUCAGCUGGUACUAACUAAACUGUGCUCAGCUGGGACUCUUGGGCCCCCGUGCCCAAGGGGAAGACAGCCAGUGGUUACCCAACUGUUGGCUGGCAAGUUGUCUUAGAAGUGGUUAUACUGGAUUCAACUUUUUAAACCUCUCUUCCCCCACCUCCCCGUCAAAGCUAACGUUUGUGUGUGUAGACAUUCUUAGCAUGAAAAUGGUUUAAAUAGGCAGGUCCUACAUAUAAUAAUGUUCUUUGAAGUCUGACCCUGAAGUCAACAUCUUCUGAUUCACACGUCGUAACUGUUGGAGCCAAGCAGAGGCAGGAGGGGAGUGACUGGCAGGUCCCCCGACCCCAGUUUGUGACCUGAAUUUGCAGGAAGCCUUUCACCUUGUGUCGUGCAUCUUGCCGGGCAUGUCCGCUGAGGUGACUGGACAAGAGCUGACCUGAGCAGGGUUUUUGCUUUGAUUUUAAGGCACAGGAUUCCAUUAUCCUAAUGGUUCAGUAUCCUUGUUUCUGUAAGUCAUCAACAGAAAGUAGAGGCUUCCCAAGGCGAUCCAGGAAGUGCCCUGCGCCCGUGACGGGGGAGUGAAAUUUUUAUUGAAAACCAUAACUCUUAACACAUAUGUCAAUCCGCUAGCAGCCACCAUCCUGAUUUCAUUAAAAACCCAGGUGAGUGGACCAUGCUUUCUGCCCAUCCGUCUCUGUUUACCAUUUCAAAUGAUGCGUGAAUGCUGAGAGCAGUUAUUUCUCCAUCCUCCACCAUAAGUGAUUCCUCCAGGGUGGGAAGGAUGGGAGCGACAGAUCCAGGGGGCUCCUUAUCUCCUUCCAGCCCUGCACAUCCUCACUUUGGAGAUGUGGAAGGGAGGACACAGCUCAACAGGGACCAACCAGGAAGAGCCUAUUGCCUUUCAGUGCCAGUGCCCAGUUUUGAAAAACAGAGGAGCGUGUGCAUGUUUGAAAAGAUGUUGUCUUAUCACCCUUAGUUCCUCAUUUAGAAAACGAAUAACUGAGCCUGGCUGACUCCUGUCUAGUUUCUAAGUUUCCAUGGAGACAGACACAGCUUCCAAGACCUUGACACCUUCCCUUUGCAGUUGGAGGUGUGCUCACACCUGCUUGGAGGAGCCAAUGGUGCACGUCCCUUCCCAGCUCCACGCUCUGGAACAUCACGUCAGUAGCUUGAAAUCAGCCUUGAUAGGCAUAUUUAUACCAAGAAAGUCAGUAAAGGCUAUGAAUCUGGCCUUUUUCUCCACUGAGAGCUGGCUGUUAUACAUCCAUCAGCACAUCACUGCCCAGACGUGACUGUGUGUGUUACUGAAACAAAAUGGCUCUGAUUCACAGUGCAUUUGACCGCUCAAGUUCAACUCACAACAGACAUUUGUUUUUGUGGCACUUUCCUCGAGACAAGCAGCUGUUCACCCUCCACUGUCCCAGCCUCAAAAAUACCAGUGAGGUCGGGGACAAGCACAGAGCCAGGAAAACGCGCCGCCCGGGAUCUGACAAUCUAACCCUUUCACACAAAUACUCUUUGGGAAGCAGACGAGUAGUGACCCAGGGGAUGAGGUCAACAGACAGUCAAAUUCAAGCAACAAAGUGUGUUUUCAUCAAUGUCAGAUUAGAGGAAUAACUGUCCAAUCCUCUUCCUGCUCACACUGUGUAGGCAGCAUUUGUACCCCCAAAGGCAACCAGAUCUCUUUUACCUCUUCUUUAACUAAGAAACAAGACCUGCCACCCACAAGUGCUACAUAGCUUUUUUUUUCAUUGACAUAUAGUUGAUUUACAAUGUUUCAGGUGUACAGAAGUGAUUCAGUCAUACAUAUACAUAUAUAUUAUUUAUAUAUAUAUAUAUAUAAUUUUUCAAAUUCUUUGCCACAUACCUUGAAAAAGAUGCAUAAUUUACACUAAAUCUCCAGGAUGGCCCCAAACCCAAUAAAACCAGUUGUGCUGACAUCAUGGAGACAAAAGCCUGGAUAUGCCAGUUGAUUGGGUAUUUUCAUUUUAUUUAGACGCAGGCAUUAGAACCCAAGGAGAAGUGAGAAGCAGAUCACAGCAUUCGUGAUCCGCAUCAACCAACUCAGCUAGAAUUACCUUUAGGUAAAUGUUUAUAUUUAUCUACAUACAGUCUGUAACAUUUCCCCCGGCUUCAUUAUCCCCGGAGAAUAUCUACCUCAUUUGGUAAUUUAUCAGGCGGAACGUGGCUAUCUCAGGUAAAACACUUAGAAGUGUCAAGGCUGGCCUCUAUGCCAAGGGCCUGGGAUGACUCACGUGACUUCAGUCUAGCGUGAGGCUGGAAGCCGAAGGCGCAAACUCUGGUGGACAGCUGGACGCGGCGUGAAGGCACUUUAAGAAGCUCGAAAAUAAAGCCUGGGUUGGAGAGGCUCUCCGAUUCCAAACCCCCCACACAGAGCUCAGAUUCUCUCCCUGCUCGAUCAGCACUUGUAGGUUUAAACCCAGCCCGUGACGCCUGUUUUCAGUCACUCUGCAACUCCAGCUUCUCUUUCUGCUGCUUCUUGAAGAGGGGAUUUCCGAGCGGCGGGACCCACUAAGGGAAGAGAGUCACGGCAUCUGGGGUUUGUGCGUCUCAUGGUCAGCUGACCUCCCAAAGAUGUGUCACUAAAGAUGUUACGCCUGUUUUUACUUAGAAGUCGGUGGGGGGAGGAGGGGAAGUGGCCUUGAGUCAUCUCAUACCAACUGUCCAUUCCUUCUAGGACUCAGCUCAGUCUCCUGUCACCACGAGCAAUAAACCUCUCUCCUCAUGAU